UGUCGGGGCCGCCAAAGGCCGGAGCUCGGGGCUCAGUGGACCUACAACUACAUCGGACGGACCCGCAGAGCUGGGGAGUUGGGGAAGCCUGCCCGGGCCCCCUGCCUGCAGCCGCCAUGGCGGAGAAUUGGAAGAACUGCUUCGAGGAGGAGCUCAUCUGCCCCAUCUGUCUGCACGUUUUCGUGGAGCCAGUGCAGCUGCCGUGCAAACACAACUUCUGCCGGGGCUGCAUCGGCGAGGCGUGGGCCAAGGACAGCGGCCUGGUGCGCUGCCCAGAGUGCAACCAGGCUUACAACCAGAAGCCAGGCCUGGAGAAGAACCUGAAGCUCACCAACAUCGUGGAGAAGUUCAAUGCCCUGCACGUGGAGAAGCCGCCGGCGGCGCUGCACUGCGUGUUCUGCCGCCGCGGCCCCCCGCUGCCCGCACAGAAGGUCUGCCUGCGCUGCGAGGCGCCCUGCUGCCAGUCCCACGUGCAGACGCACCUGCAGCAGCCCUCCACCGCCCGCGGGCACCUCCUGGUGGAGGCGGACGACGUGCGGGCCUGGAGCUGCCCCCAACACAACGCUUACCGCCUCUACCACUGCGAGGCCGAGCAGGUGGCUGUGUGCCAGUACUGCUGCUACUACAGCGGCGCGCAUCAGGGACACUCCGUGUGCGACGUGGAGAUUCGGAGGAAUGAGAUCCGGAAGAUGCUGAUGAAGCAGCAGGACCGGCUGGAGGAGCGAGAGCAGGACAUUGAGGACCAGCUGUACAAACUCGAGUCAGACAAGCGCCUGGUGGAGGAAAAGGUGAGCCAGCUAAAGGAGGAGGUGCGACUGCAGUAUGAGAAACUGCACCAGCUGCUGGAUGAGGACCUGCGGCAGACAGUGGAGGUCCUGGACAAGGCCCAGGCCAAGUUCUGCAGCGAGAACGCGGCGCAGGCGCUGCACCUCAGCGAGCGCAUGCAGGAGGCCAAGAAGCUCCUCGGCUCCCUGCAGCUGCUCUUUGACAAGACAGAGGACGUCAGCUUCAUGAAGAACACCAAGUCUGUGAAAAUCCUAAUGGACAGGACUCAGAACUGCACAGGCAGUAGCCUUUCUCCCCCUAAGAUCGGCCACCUGAACUCCAAGCUCUUCCUGAAUGAGGUGGCCAAGAAGGAGAAGCAGCUACGGAAGAUGCUAGAAGGCCCCUUCACACCAGUGCCCUUCUUGCAGAGCGUCCCCCUGUACCCCUGUGGCGUGAACAGCUCUGGGGCAGAGAAGCGCAAGCAUUCAGCGGCCUUCCCUGAGGCCAGUUUCCUAGAGACAUCAUCGGGCCCUGUGGGCAGCCAGUACGGGGCGGCGGGCACAGCCAGCGGCGAGGGCCAGUCUGGGCAGCCCCUGGGGCCCUGCAGCUCCACACAGCACUUGGUGGCCCUGCCAGGUGGCGCCCAACCAGUACACUCAAGUCCUGUGUUCCCGCCGUCGCAGUAUCCCAAUGGCACCGCUGCCCAGCAGCCCAUGCUCCCGCAAUACGGGGGUCGCAAGAUUCUCGUCUGCUCCGUGGACAACUGUUACUGUUCUUCCGUGGCCAACCAUGGCAGCCACCAGCCCUACCCCCGCUCCGGCCACUUCCCCUGGACAGUGCCCUCGCAGGAGUAUUCACACCCGCUCCCACCCACGCCCUCGGUUCCCCAGUCCCUUCCUGGCCUGGCCGUCAGAGACUGGCUCGAUGCCUCCCAGCAGCCUGGCCACCAGGAUUUCUACAGGGUGUAUGGGCAGCCAUCCACCAAACACUACGUGACGAGCUAACGCCACGCGGGCGGGCGGUGGCACGCUGAGGAGUCUCUCCUGCAGCCCCUGGUGGCUGGGGAAUUAUGCAUUCAGAAACCUACCCUCCUCCUUUCUUCUUCCCUCCAUUCCUCCCAGUCUUUUCUUUUUGGAUUUGGUUUUGUUUGGGGUUUUGUUUUCGAUUUUAUUUUCUUUUUUUUUUUUUAAUGACUCUUCUGAACACAGAGGUGACAGUGGGAGUUGGCCUGGGCUGGGGCCCAGGUGGCCCUGGAGUGGGGAAGGUGUCUGUCUCAAGGCACUGAUCUUGCUCUGUCUGUUUCUCCUUUUCUCUUCCACCCCUUCCCUUUGAACCCCCUUGGCUGAAAGGAGACUCAGCCUCCCUGAAAGCCUUGGAGGUGGGGGUUCAGCCCCUCACCACCCCCCCAUGGAAAGAAAGACCAGUGCCCACUGGCCCAUUUCUUUUUUAGUUUUUUUCCUUUUGGGCAUUUUGAUCACUGAUUGAGUAAGGAAUGACCUGUAGAUUGUGGAGCCUUUUUUUUUUAAAAAAAAAAAAAGAAAGAAAGAAACCCAACCAAGAAUAAUUUCUUCUGCUUCCUUCUCCUCACCAUCCUCCCAGACGGAGUUCAAAGGCCACUUCUCAAGCAGCUUUUGGCAUCUUCAGCCUCAAAGUGGAAUCUUUUAAAGACAGGAACCCCAUGUCCAGGAAAUGGGACAAGGAACUUUGCCAAUGAUAGUGACCACAGCAAAAAGCAAAUAAUAAUAAUAAUAAUAAUGAAGAUAAAUAAAAGAUAAUAAAAUAAAACCCAUCUGCCCUUGUGGAGGUCAGUAGGGGAGGAUGGGUUGGUUGCCCCAACUUGGGCCUUUGCCUGGAUUUUGACACAGCAGCUUCCUGUAGUGAGCACUUUGUAUGAAUCGUGGACUUCCUCUUCUCAAGGCACAGAUAUUUAUUCUGUAAUCUGUCUAGCACACACACCAAAAUCCAACCUCUAAUAAACAUAAUGGCGCGUUCCCAA